AUGUCGGCCUACACAUAUCACCCACUUCGUCACGAAGGGUCUAUUCGCUUACUAUCCUGUUAUGGGGACACCGGCCACCAGUAUCAGCUUUGCGAAAUGCACGAAAUCUCCACAAGAAGCUAUCACGCUCUCUCAUAUACCUGGGGUCCACAAACUGUGAAAGUCCCAAUCAGUAUAAAUGGUUUCGGCUUCCAGGUUACACCGAAUCUACUGGAUGCAUUAAUGAGCUUUUUUUCAAAGAACCCGCAAGACUUGCUGUGGGUGGAUGCUAUCUGUAUUGAUCAGAGUAAUUUGGAGGAGCGAGAUCAGCAGGUUCGUAGAAUGAUGGAUAUCUAUGGAGAAGCUGAGAUGGUUAUUGUCCACCUAGGGUACAGUCGAACUUUGCGAACGGACACCUUAUCCAGGUAUUCUGACCAAUCUCAUGAACAUUAUAUCCAGGCUACGGUUAAGCUCAUACACUACUUGUUCCAUUUAUCCAAGCGGACAGGAGAAAAGACCGAGUCAAAUAUUGCUCCUAAAUAUAGGAGUAGUGGCCUCUUAAAUAACGUCAUGCAUCCAUCUUGGGACUUAUUGCGCAGGUUGUACCAUGAUAGCUGGUUUGAGCGACUGUGGGUUAUACAAGAACUGCACGUCGCGAAACAAACCCAUGUGAUGUGGUUAAGUGAGCGAAUUCCGUGGGAGUUCCUUGAUGGAGCAGCAAAAUAUAUUCUCCGACCAGGGCAUAAUCCACCGCUGAACAGAUCUGUGCGGGAGUAUCUGCCACGAAUUGGCGCUCGUCGUCUAUUUCAGGUUGCGUUAAAGGGCAUGGAUCCUGAAAACAUCUUGAGUGUACUUCACAGCACCCAGGGGACCAAAUGUAGUGACCCUCGGGACAGACUCUAUGCAAUUUUAGGCACAAUUGAUGAUGUCGAGGACGCGGAAGUUGAUUAUGCGAUGUCAGUGCAAGAUAUAUAUAAACGUUGGGCAGUAAGAAGAAUCACAAGAAAGAAGUCUUUAGAUAUAUUAGGAGCUUGCGCGGACUCCGGGCGGUGGAACGACUUACCUUCUGUUCCAGAUCUUCGGCGCCCUUGGGGACAAGACAAACAGCUCUGGGAGCAAAAUUUCAGGGGAGAUCAUUCGCGCUGGACGGAAAGUGAGUUUGGGAAAUUGAUGGAGCAGCAGAGGGUCAACCCAGGUCCACAUCUAAGAAUCGUUGGUGGAACGAGUCUGCUUGUAUUUGGCGUCAAUGUCGGUCGGGUAACGCACUUAAGUUCGCCUGCGGAUAUGGUGUUGGAUUUAACAGAUACGGCCAAUGCUGAAAAGAGCCUGUUCUUUUGGAUCACCGACUGGGCUCACUGGAUAUCUCGCAAAACAACCAACCUAUUGUGUCUUAACGAAGCGCAUCUUAAUCUCGUGAGUGUGAUAUUGCGCACGGGUGAAGACUUCGGGCUUCGAAAUUACUAUUACAAACAAUUAGCCAGGCUCAAAAAGUGUUUCAGGAACCCUCCCAUCCCCCGCAUAUAUCCUGGGAAGGCUAAUAUUUGCCCUGAAACUAGAGCCUCGGAAGAAGCCGAAUAUUUCGACAAUGAUCCUAUCGCCCACGAGAACCUAGAGGUCCUGCAAGAGUUCGAGCGAAUAUUUUCCCCUCGUGUCUGUGGAUGUCAGAUAUUCAUCAUGUCCAAUGGCCCUGAGCUAGGCAUCUCUGCGAGUAAUUGCAAAGUCCGUGUCGACGAUGAGGUGUGGCUGUUGCACGGAAUGGAUAACCCUGUUGUGUUGCGUCAAAACGAUAAGGGAUCCCGGCUUAUAACGCCCUGUUAUGUGUCUGUGGACUGGGACAUAUGGGGAGAAAAGUACAGACCUGCAUUGAAACAGAUCGUAAUUAUAUAG